AUGGGACAGCAUAUCCUGAAGAAUCCCUUGAUAGUAAAUAGUAUUGUUGAGAAGGCAGCUAUAAGAUCAACAGAUACAGUAUUAGAAAUUGGUCCAGGUACCGGUAACUUAACUGUCAAACUAUUACAGAAAGCAAAGAAGGUCAUUGCAUGCGAAGUAGAUCCUAGAUUAGCAGCAGAAUUACAGAAAAGAGUACAGGGAAGUCCCGUAUCAACGAAACUACAUAUAAUCGUUGGCGAUGUGCUAAAAACUGAAUUACCAUACUUUGACGUUUGCGUUGCAAAUCUGCCUUAUCAGAUAUCAUCUCCAUUCGUGUUUAAGCUGUUAUUACACCGACCUCUAUUCAGAUGUGCUGUCUUAAUGUUUCAAAGAGAAUUUGCGCUGAGGUUAGUUGCAAAGCCUGGUGAUAAGUUAUACUGCCGUUUAUCCAUCAACACCCAACUUCUAGCUAAAGUUGAUCAUCUGAUAAAAGUUGGGAAAAACAACUUUAGACCACCGCCAAAAGUAGAAUCAAGCGUAGUGAGAAUAGAACCCAUAAAUCCAGUACCACCGAUUAAUUUUAAGGAAUGGGACGGACUAACUAGAAUAGUAUUUGCGCGAAAAAACAGAACGCUUUCUGCUUCCUUCAAAACUCAGGGAGUGCAAACAAUGCUGGAAAAAAAUUUUCGUAUUCAUUGUUCAAUCCACAACCAAGCUAUUGAAGAAGACAUAAACAUUGCUGAAAAAGUAGAUACUAUCCUCAAAUCAGUUAAUGCCAACGCUAGAAGAGCUAGAUCGAUGGACAUGGAUGAUUUUUUAGAAUUGCUUCACGCGUUCAACUCCAACGGUAUCCAUUUUGCCUAG